GAUAGAGUGAGACUCUGUCUUAAAAAAAAAAAAAAAAAGAAGUGGGGGAAGGCCCACCCAGGAGCUGCUCUGCCAGGCCACAGCCAUGUCUAGGGUGGGCUGGACAUGGCAGCCGCUCCCCCUGCACAGGGUGGAAUUUCCUUAUUUGCCUUUGGUCAGGGGUUUACUCCCAAACUUCCCAUCUUUUCUUCUGCAUCUUUUCUACUUCAUCACUUCUCCCUCCCAGGAUGAUCUCUAUAAACUAAGCACUGACAGCUCACAGCACUGCUGCCCCAGCUGCAGGGAUGGGUCCCAGCCUCUCUUGCCUGCUUCUUGGCUACAGGACGGACUCCACUGGCCCCCGGUUCUUUGCCCCUCGCCUGGGGAGGGAGGAGGCUGGUGCUGUUUCUCACCCUCCCACUGGCAGCCACCUUCGGGGCCAGGUGACCCCUCAGGAGGAAUACGGGCUGGGUCUCCACUUCUGACACCCAGGGCAGGGAGCAAGUGGCAGCAUCAGGGCAACGCCUUCUGGAAAUGGCCCCUGAGCCCCGACACAUGGCCACCCUCAAGGCCCCCACUGAGCAAGCGUUUCCUCUCUUCAAAGCUCCUGCAAUCUGGGCUCCAUGGUGAAAUUCAAAAAGCCAGCUUGAAAAGACACGUGUUGUGGGAUGAUCGAAUCUUAAAAGGGAAGGCAGUUCUGACACCUGCUCCAGCACGGAUGAACCUCGAAAACACAAUGCCAAUGCAGGAAGCCUGUCACGAGACCACGUGCUGUCUGGUUGCACUCGCAUGGAGCUCCCAGGACAGGAAGAGUCACAGAAAGACGACAAAUGCUGCAGACCGAUCAGCCGAUCAGGGAAGUGCGAGGAAGCGCACACGAGAGGGAGCAGUGGUGGACGAAGCGCCCCACCUGGCCACGGAGACUUACACCCGCCACAUCAGAAACCCCCUCAGCGCCCCACCUGGCCACGGACACUUACACCCGCCACAUCAGAAACCCCCUCAGCGCCCCACCUGGCCACGGACACUUACACCCGCCACAUCAGAAACCCCCUCAACACGGGUGCGCUGAACGCUGCAGUGAAAAGACAACCAUUGUGUGGCUGG